AUGGGGGCAGGCCACCUGGCCCCUGGCGCGGGAGCGUGCGCCCGGGAGUGUCGUGCCCAUGGCUUUGGGGCUGUGGAUUUUGUGCCUCUGGGCAUGGUGCCUCCUCGGCAUUGCGCCUGUGUGAUCUGUGCCUUCGGCCCGGCAGGCAUCCUGCGUGUGAACAUGGGGGUGUGUGUGCACAACCGGGCGUGCAUCCUGCAUGUGCACAUGUGUUGCCAGCAGCCAGGGCCAGCCGGAGCAGUGGCCUCAGAAACCCUGGCCCAGGCAGCGGCUCCAGUGCAGCCGGGGCCGAGGGGCCCAAGGCCCCCUGCACUGUCCUCAUUGCUGCUGUGCUACCCACAGAACAUCGAGCUGAAGGUGCAGGUGGAGAGCCUGAAGCAGGAGCUGCAGGAGAAGCAGCAGGCGCUGGAUAAAACAUGGGUGGCCGCGGAGACGCAGACGAACCGCAGCGAGGCAGCGCUGCGGCAGCAGUACGAGGAGAGGCAGCGGGAGUCGGAGCACGUCUACGAGCUCCUGGAGAACAAGAUCCAGCUGCUGCAGGAGGUGCUGCUCUCCCACGUCCUGGGCAGGGAGCUGUGCCGCGACGGCAAAGCCGAGUUCGCCUGCGGCAAGUGUGCCUUCAUGCUGGACCGCAUCUACAGGUUCGACACGGUCAUCGCGCGCAUCGAGGCCCUCUCCAUCGAGCGCCUCCAGAAGCUGCUGCUGGAGAAGGACCGCCUCAAGUUCUGCAUUGCCAGCAUGUACCGUAGGAACAACGAUGACCCCAGCACGGAGGACAAAGCUGGGGAGGGCACCGUGGACCUCUCCAACCUGCCCGACGUUCGGUACGCUGCCCUUCUCCAAGAGGACUUUGCUUACUCUGGGUACGAGUGCUGGACGGAGCACGAGGAGCACGGCCUGGAGCCGCACAGCUGCCACGCACCAGAGGGAGCGGGCAGCCGCCCGCGGCGCUGCCGAGGCUGCGCCACGUUGCGUGUGGCCGACGCCGACCAUAGCGUGGGCAACGAAGAGUCGUCCGUGUGUGACACGGCCGAGUUGGCUGGGGCCAGGGUGCCGCUGGAUGGGGAGAGCAUGGAAGAAGGGACGCCUGCGUCCUCCAUGGAGUCGCUGGACACGACCGUGGAGGCCAGCCCUCCGCAGCAGAAGGAUGAAGACGCGGACAAGGGGAUGAAGGGGAGCGGGAAGUGCGAUGAUUUCUCGGAUGACCGUCUGACCCCAAACUCCUCGCUGAGUGGGAAUAGGCUGGAGCUGGCCCUUAGCUUGAUCAAGGCCUUGGACUACAAACCUGUUCAGAGCCCCAAAGGCAGCAAGCUGCCUAUCCCUGUGAAAUCCACCCUGCCGCCUCCAAGGCUGAGCCGCGACUCGGCGGAUGGAAGUACUUCUGCUGGCUUGAUGUAUGCUGGUUCUGGUUUCCUGAACGCAGACAGGAAAUCUCUUUCCAGAGCUCACUUGGGUCUUUCCUUGGAGAUUUCUGACUUGCAGGAGCUGUGGGACGAUCUCUGUGAGGAUUACAUGCCGCUUCGGAAUCGGCAAGAUGAACCUCAGCAGCCAGCCCCAGGGGAGCCCACAUCCGCAGAGCCUGAUGCGCACGCUGUGGAGCUGCAGGGCAAAGUCCAGCAACUUGAUGCCACCAAUAAGUUGCUACAGGAAAAAAUGAAUGAGUUGAACUUUGAAUUGAAGUCUGUCCAAGAAACAUCACAGAGACAAGACCGUACAAUCCAGAGUCUGAAUGAGUCCCUGAAGAGCAAGGAGAGUGAGACGGAAGAGCUGUACCAUGUCAUUGAAGGGCAGAACGAGACGAUGGCCAAGCUGCGAGACAUGCUGCACAGAAGCCAGCUUGGGCAGCUGCAGAUGCCAGAAGGUCCAGCCUCACCCCAGCAGCAAAAUGUUGCGCUGCUGGAUCUUCAGAACACGCUUUUCUGCACCCAGCUGGAGGUGCAGAAGUUGAAAACGGUUCAGCGUCAGAAAGAGCAUCAGUUGGCUGAAGCCAGGAGAGUGGCCCAGCUCCUAGAAACCACAGUGCAUGAGGAAGAGCAGCAAAAAGAGGCAACUUGGAAACACAACCAGGAGUUGCGUGCUGUGGUGCAGCAGCUGCAGGCAGAACUGCAGGACAAGGCUCAGCAGCUCCAGGCUGCAGAGUGGGAGAAGUGUCGUGAGCUGCAGGCCCAGGGACAGAGGGUUCAGCGCUUGAAUGAACACCUGGCUCGCAAGGAACAACUUCUGCAGGAAUCAAGGGAACUUCUGCAAUGCCAGCAAAGUCUGAACAAGAGCCCUGCAGCCAUGGAUGCCAUGCUGGAGAAACUGCAGCAGCGAGUCAGUGACAGGGAUGCUGCUCUGGAGCGAGCAGUAGAUGAAAAGUACUGCGCUCUGGAGCAGAAGGAGCAAGAGGUGCAGCAGCUCCGCGCCGCGGCCAGGGCGCGGGGCGGUGACGUGGAGCGGCUGCGCAGCGUCCUGUCCAGCAGCGAGGCCACGAUCCACAGUCUGGAGAGCCUAUUGAAAGCCAAAACCCUGGAACUAGAGCAGGUGUCAGCAACCUGCCAAAACCUCCGCUGGCUCAAGGAGGAGAUUGAGGAGAAAUCCUGCAACAGACAGAAGGAGCAGGAGGGGAUCAUCCAGCAGCUGCAAACCUGCCUGCACGAUAGGAACAAGGAAGUUGAGGAGCUCACAGCAACCCUACUGUGCAAGCUGGGCCCAGGGCAGAGUGAGGUGGUGGAGGAGCUGUGCCUCCGUCUCCAGCGCAAGGAGAAGAUGCUGCAGGAUCUCCUUGGUGACAGGAACCGUCAGGCUAUGGAGCAUGAUGCUGAGGUCCGGGAGCUGCUGCAGGCUAUGGACGCCAAGGAGCAGUGGAGCAGAGCAGCUGCUGAGAAGAUGGCCUGUGCUUUGGCCGAAAGGAGCUGCGAGUUACAGCUUCUGCGCCAGCACUGGCCGGGGAAGGAGCCCGUUGCCACUCGGUCAGCUGGUGCCAGGCUGUUGAAGCAGGAUGAACAAGAAGUGCUGCAGACUGUUUGUGGAGCUACAGCCACUGUUGGACCCCCAGAGAGGGACAGCAGCUGCGGGACAGAGGACGUUGCAACGUCAGGAGCAGAGCUGGAGAAGGAGCUUGUUAAUGCCAAAGAGGAGCUGGAGCUGAUGGCAAAGAAGGAAAGGGAAAGCAGGCGAGAGCUCACUGCUCUCCAGUCUGUUGUGGCCACCCAGGAGGAAGAGCUGCAGGUGCAGGCCUCAGAUAUUGAGUCCCUGAGCAGGAACAUCCAGAUCAAAGAGGACCUCAUCAAGGAUCUGCAGAUGCAGCUGGUGGACCCCGAAGAAAUUCCAGCCAUGGAAAGGCUGACUCAGGAACUGCUGGUGCUUCGGGAGAAAGUGGCCAUGGCAGAAUCACGAGUGCAAGAGGCUACUGGAAACAGAAGGCAGCAGUUGUUACUGAUGCUGGAAGGGCUGGUGGCUGAAAGGAACCGGCUAAAUGAGGCUCUCCAGGCAGAGAGGCAGCUCUACAGCAGCCUGGUGAAGUUCCACACACACCCGGACAGCACUGCGAGAGACCACACGCUGCAGGUGGAGCUGGAGGGUGUCCAGGAGCUCCGGGGACAGCUGGAAGAAGCUCUUGGAAGAAGCUUGGAGCGUUUGAGCAGGCUGGAGACGCAGGGCACCUUAGGAGGUGGGGAGCAGGAGCGUGUGAGAGCCCUACCCCAGCAUGCCUCCUGCGCCGGGCGCUCGCCACCUGCCACGGAGAUGUCUCACGCUCGUGCUCUCUCCUGCCUCGACCUGGAGCAGCAGGAGCUGCCCCUGCCGGGGAGCACGGUGCCCGCCCUGCCGGAGCGGAAGGUGCGGGCAGAAGAGGAGCUGCGGGAGCUGAAGGCACAGCUGGAGGAAGCCGGCUUCUCCUCAGUCUCCCACAUUAGGAAGGCGAUGCUGAGCCUGUGCCUGGAGAACGCGGAGCUGAAGGAGCGGAUGGGCGAAGCCACGUCGCUGCUGGACAGCGGGGAGCAGGAGGAGGCCGGGGCGGGCGGCCCCCCAACUCCUGAGCCCCACAGGCUCCAGCGGAAGGGCCGUGGCACCCUGGGCGACUGCCCGGCCAGUGACGCUGUGAGGGACGGCCAGGGGCUCCCAGCAGAGAGGGCAGCGGUGGCCGCCAAGCGCCCCGCGCUGGAGGCACGAUCCUGGGACGACGCGCCCAAGAGACCCUGUCCCAGCAGCCUGGGCGGAGCGCAGGGGAGCCACGAGCAGGGCACAGCCCCCGGCGGGGACUGGCCACGGCCAGGCACGGAGUCGUGCUCGCAGGCGGCGCAGCGCCACAGGCAGUGCCAGGAGCUGCAGGACAAGCUCGCCGCCUCGGAGGCCACGGUGCGGGCGCAGGCGGCACAGCUGCACAAGUACCAUGUGCUGCUCCGUGAGCCGAACGCCCAGCAGCUCAGCAAGCAGGUGCAGGUGGACUUCCAGGAUCUGGGCUACGAGACGUGCGGGCAGGCUGAGCGCGAUGAGACCACCAGCCCCGAGUGUGAGGAGCCCGAUGUGUUCAGCGAGCCCAGCCUGGGCGACGAGCUGGGGUCUCCGCGCCGGCCGGGGGCUGCCAGGGCUGCCCUCAAGGCCGUGCCGCCUCCGGACGUGGGGGCCUUGCACCAGCACAUCCAGGACCUCAAGGUGCAGCUGCUCAACGCCAACAAGGUGAUCCAGAGCCUGCAGCGCCGGGCCCGCUCCGUCUCCGUCACCAGCGGCUACGCCUCGGGCACGGACCGCGGGCUGGCCCAGCACCUGCGCGACGCCCUGCGCGCCUUCGAGGAGCUGCUGCGCGGCACCGACAUCGACUACUACCUGGGCCAGGGCUUCCGCGAGCAGCUGGCCCAGGGCCGGCAGCUGGCCGAGAGACUCAGCGACAAGCUGCGCCCCCGAGAUCGGCAAGGCGGGGAGGAUAAAAGCAGCCAUGAACUGCUGGUGCUGAGACUCAGCCGGGAGCUCCAGGAGAAGGAGAAGGUGAUCGAGAACCUGGAGGCGAAGCUGCAGGAGCGCUGCGAGUCCCCGGGCAGCAGCCGCCCACCCUCCGAGUCGUCCCGCUCCAUCACGAGCACCUCAUUCGUGUCCGAAGGGCUAGAGGCCUGCUCUGACGGUGACACGGCCAGCGAGUGCAGCCAGUGCCAGGAGGAACCCGCUCGGGGUGCAGGCCUUCACUUUGGCUCUUUGUCCAAGCCCGUUAGUGCCCCCCUGCCUGCGCUGCUCCCCGGCUUGCCCCCCUUCCUGCCCAGCGGGGCGCCCCCUCCCACGGCCCCCGCGCUCCUGGGCUGCUGCGCACCCCCCGUCUGCUCCUUGGCCGCGGCGCAGCAGGAACUGCAGGUGCUCCGGAGACAGCUGGGAGAAAGUGCGCCGCUGCCGGUGAAGCCCGCAGUCCCAGCGGGCCCCUUUGGAGAGGGCAGCAAGCCCCCAGACUCCCUGUGCCACCACGGUGCCCCGCAGGCCCCAGCCCAAACGCCCGCGGUGCCUGAGACCCACGUCCUCUGGGACGCGCCACUGCUGCAUGGGCCGCUCUAUGGGGCCUUGGCUUCGGGGUACCCGUCCAGCCAGAAGCUGACAGGGGCGGACCUGUUGGAGGAGCACUUGCUGGAGAUCCGCAGCCUGCGCCAGCGCCUCGAGGAGUCCAUCUGCACCAACGACCGCCUCCGGGAGCAGCUCGAACAGCGCCUGGCCUCCACGGGCAAGGCCAGCGGCUUUUCCAUUGACACCUACAUCCAGGGGCAGGAGCUGGGGUCCCGGCUGAGCAGUGAGAACCGGACCCUGCGGCUCCAGCGUGAUCAUCUUUCCCAAGAGCUGGCACGGGCACAGGAGGCGCUCCUGGCUGCCUGUUCCCGGGCACAGGAGGCCGAGGCGGAGGCAGGCCGGAGGCGUGGGGAGCAGCGCAGGCUGGCGGAUGAGCUUGCCAAGUGCCAGGAGAGCGUCCAGCAGCUCCGUGACGAGCGGCUCUCUCUGCAGGAGGACAACAACAGGCUGCAGCACACGGUGACGCUCCUGCAGCAGCAGUGCGAGGAGCACCGCCUGCUCCUGCAGGCCCUGCGUGCAGAGCUGCACGUCUACGAGAGCCUCCCCAGCCCCGCUGCGGAGGCGCGAGCAGGUUGCUUCCCGUCUCCUCCAGUGCGGGAUGUUGGCACGAGCUCAGCAGUGCCCUUCUCCCCGCCACCCUCAGACACAGCGGUGGCCCGACAGAUGGACGAGCUGCGAGGAGCUGACCCACCCGCAAGCAAGAGCGAGGGGCUGAAGGGUGCUCACGUCGUCGGCCGCCUGGACACGUACCGGGCACUGGAGCAGCGCGUUGUGGAGGGGAAGGCGCUGGCCCGUGAGCUCAUGUGCCUCACGCGUCCCACCCCCAAGCUGCACAACUGCCCGCCCGCGGGCAAGGAGGUAAAGCGCGGGCAGGACGGGGACGGAGCCAGCCCUAGGACAGGCAGCGCCAUGUGGCGGGAGGCCCCAUCGGAGCAGGCGCUGCAGGGCGAGAUCGCGGCGCUGCGGGCCCAGCUCUCGGCGAGGGAGGACGCCCUGCAGCGCGCGGCCGCGCGGCUCUGCAGCACUGCCCGCCUCAAGGACAGCAUGGAGCAGUUCAUCGUGAGCCAGCUGACGAGGACUCACAACGUGCUGCGUAAGGCCAGAACCAACCUGGAGGUGAAGACCCAGCAGGCCCUGCCCGUGGCCUGAGCCCUGCCCGUGUGG